AUGAGUGCAUUUAGGUUGCACACAUUUCCGGAGCGAUUCAGCGAUCCUAAUCAAGCAAAGGUCCAUGAGCCUCUUUCUAACUCAAGCAGUCCGGAUCGCCAUGACACUUGGGGCUGCAUAGAUUACCCUGACGGCACGAUAUACGAGGGUCGGUGCCUGCAAGGCAAUCCUGACGGCCAUGGGAUAUGCUACUACGCUUCGGGUGAUAUAUUUGUGGGCCAGUUCAGCAAGGGGAGCAUCAGUGGCGAUGGGACUGUUUUUUUCAAAUCCGGGGGCUUUUUCGUUGGCGAGUUCCGUGAUGUCAGCACCUACAGGGGUCUGUAUGGGAAGAACGGCUGCGAGGUGUGGGGGGUAUGGGAAGGCGGCCGCUGUAUCGAUGCACAUUGCGUGGUCGUAUCGGAAAAGUUACAGCAGAGACAUGCAUCACUCUUUUCGUCUGUUUUAUUCUGCAUACACCAUCAUUUUUCCGACUACAGGUUCCAUAUUUCGCACUCCAAAGGACCUAUCGGGUCGAUCCCAAGCUCCAAAAUGCUGCAAACUAUUUUGCCCAUUCCACAUCCCACGGACUCCCGUCUUCUCUCGUCUAACUCUUUUACGCUGGCGGGCUCUCCCUUAUCGAACAAGAAUCUCCACAAUGAGUGCAACAACACUGCUCCAGAUAGUGGGACGUUAAGGAACCUGACUCCGAACACCACGGGCGUAGCUGCCAGCAAAUCUUUAGUGCUUAAAACGACAUGUGAGCACUGCAACGAGGGUGGAGGUGGGAAUGACAGGGAUCCUAAAGCCCCAUGUAUGAUGAUGCGGUCUUUGCCUCCAAACACGAUUUUUGCUUGCUCCGCUCCGGUUUGCAACGAGUACUUUUCCUUUCGACGCUUUCAACUGCGGUUCUUUGUCUUUCUGUUUCCCUUUCUCUCGCUCAACUGGUCACCGUUUGCCCCAUUUCGGGUAUCGACCAUUGAUCAGGAGCGCGAGUUCGUUGUUAGUGGGGCAACGCUAGGGCGGGAUUUUGACUCCAUGAAUCUUACAAUUAACUGUAUUGCGCUGGCGGUGUGCUGCCAGGUUACAUCUAUUGUGAUAGUGGCCUGCAAAACACACCUAGGACAUGUGAGUGAUGGCCGGAUUACAUUUAUUGAGAUGGCCGUACCUUGCGUAUUGUGGGUAGUGUUGGCGUUGUUCUGUGCGGGGUACAACAGCUACUUUCGGUAUCCUCACUUUCUGGAGCGUAUGGACCGCCAGCUCACACCAAAGCUAUCGGCAUUCGCAGCAAACGUAGUGGAUGCGCGGGCGAGGGUGUGUAUCAGCACGUGGGACGAAGAAGGUCGGGGGAAGGUCAUGAACUUCCACUAUCUCUACCGCUGGCUGUUUUUUUCUGUGCUCUCUGGGAUCUUGUUCAGUUUUGCAGCACCGGUCACUCGCGUCGCGUAUGGCCACCCCCCCUUUGGCAGUGGCUUUUCAAUGUGUGUAUUACUCCUUUCUUCAUUCGCAACAUUUUUAUUCAACAUCACACUCUUGUAUUACGUGUUCAAGAUCACCGACACACAGCGAGAGAUUGCGGCAAAGCUUCGUGUGCUUUCGGAUUUAGCGUACAUCGAACAGCGAGCCAUCAUCAGACCGAGUGUUUACUUGCGACAGACUCUUGACAUGGGUGCGCGUCUGGAUACAAGCGAUCUCUUUAAUGGGUUCACCGGCUGGUAUACAACACGCUCCCUCAUCCUUUAUGGCUCCAGCUAUUCAAAUCACUUUUCGAGAUCAAGUGCCAUGAGUAUCUUUGCGACUGUUAUGCUCAUCUGCAGUAUUUCGGGAAUCUCACACGCGGUCAGCAUUCACUUGGGAUCCCCUCCGGACUCUCCUAACAAACACAUCAUAGCCCACUCCUAUGCCAUCUUUAUCUUCGCCAUCUGGGGGACUCAGCUUACUCGCUAUAUAAAUGCAUCUUCUUCCACUCAACGUGAGCUCAGACACCAUCAAUAUAUUAUGAAUUUAACCAGCAUGUACCACCGUGUGAAGCACCGCGAUGUGGAGGCGAGUGAAAUUAUCAAGCACUGCUGUGAGAUGGCGAGUGCGCAAGACUUGGAGCCGCAGUGGUUUAACUUCCCUAUGUACGCCAUCUCGAUGUUUUUUUUAGUUUUACUGAACAUGAUUGGUUUUAUUGCGAGCAUUCUCCUCCUGAUUCGAGAAAUUCAAAGAUGA